CUCUCCCCAUCAUUGAAAGCGCACUGUAUAGCGUAGCUCAGGCACAUGUAUACGCGCAGUAUCUGCCGUCGCUGAAGCCGUCACUUGAUCAGUACAUCAAGAGAAAGGACGGCGAGACCACUGACCCAACAUCCCUCCCCGCUACCGCCAUGACGAUUCUGCUCUCACUCGUGCAACUCGUCCUCGCGGCCCUCGUGGUGGUCGCAGCCUUAGUGAUAGGGAAGCUAGGCCAUGUUAUGUAUCGAGGAUAUGUCUCGCCCCUCAACAACCUCCCGGGGCCGCGCAGCACCAGUUGGUUCUGGGGGAGCAUCAAAGUCAUCCAGCAAGAGGACAACUCCGUCCCGCAGGAGCGCUGGGCAGCGGAACACGGACCAGUGAUCACCUACAAAGGCUUCCUCGGUCUCAAUCGCCUGUGGACUUUGGACACCCGCGCGCUAAAUCAUAUCCUUACGCACUCGGCGGAGUUCCAGAAGCCGGAUGAUGCUCGUGGUACUCUGGCGAAGAUACUCGGGAAAGGUGUCCUUUUCACCGAAGGGGAGCAACACAGACAGCAGAGACGUAUAAUGAACCCCGCCUUCGGCCCUUCUCAGAUCCGCGAGCUAACACCUAUCUUUGUCGAGAAGGCGGCGGAGCUUCGAGACGUAUGGGACGCCCAGAUCGCAGCAGACGGCUCGCCAGCACGCAUCGAAGUCCUAUCGGGUCUAGGCAAGAUGACUCUGGAUGUCAUAGGCUUGGCUGGCUUCAACUAUCGCUUCGACUCUCUCAGCGGAAAGCCAAACGAGCUCAAUGCGGCCUUCCAAGAGGUGUUCAAUCCCUCGGUCAACUUCACGAUCCUCACCUUCCUUAAGAUCGUGUUCCCCAUCUUCAAUGUCAUCCCUGACGCACGCGCAAGACGGAUCGACCGCGCGCAAGACGUUAUGCGCCGCAUUGGAAUUGGCCUUAUCCAGGAGAAGAAGGCGCAGAUCGCACGCGAAAUGUCGGACAGCAAGAGCGGCGGCGUCGAGAGGAAGGACAUGCAGGGGCGGGAUCUGCUGACUCUUCUCUUGAAGGCGAAUAUGGCGACGGACAUCCCUGACAGCCAGAGGCUCUCGGAUGAAGACGUACUUGCUCAGGUUCCGACAUUUCUCGUCGCCGGUCAUGAGACAACGAGCACCGCGACCACCUGGUGCCUCUACGCCCUCACACAAGCCCCAGAGGUCCAGCAGAAGCUGCGCGACGAGCUAUUCACCCUCCAAACCGAAGCCCCGACAAUGGAAGAACUCAGCAGCCUCCCGUACCUCGACGCAGUCGUCCGCGAGACUCUGCGCAUCCACGCGCCCGUGCCGUCGACGAUGCGUGUGGCGCAGAAGGACGACGUGAUCCCGGUCGGCGAGCCGUUCGUCGACCGGCACGGAAACGUGUGCGACAGCAUCCGCAUCUCGAAGGGCAGCCCGAUCCUCAUCCCCAUGCUCGCGCUGAACCGGUCGACGAAGCUGUGGGGCGAGGACGCGCUCGAGUUCAAGCCCGAGCGUUGGAUUAACCCCCCGGAGGCGAUUUCGAGCAUUCCUGGUGUGUGGGGCCACAUGCUGUCCUUCCUCGGUGGCCCGCGCGCGUGCAUCGGGUACCGCUUCUCGCUCAUUGAGAUGAAAGCUCUACUGUUCGCGCUCGUGCGCGCAUUCGAAUUCGAGCUUGCGGUGCCUGCGAGCGAGAUUCAGAAGAAGACGAGCAUCGUGCAGCGGCCACUCCUUCGCAGCGCACCCGAGCAGGGCAGCCAGAUGCCGCUGCUCAUCCGGAGGUACAAGCGUGCUCAGUGAUUAGGCCCGGUGUGUAGUAUCGAUAGCUCGGUCGUUGGUGUAUGACUACAGUGGCAAUUGCGCCUGCGUAUUAUCUUGGUUGAUUAGCGACUUCUUCCCAGCUCAAAG